AGAUGGUGUCAUUUUCGGAUAAACAUUAAGCAAUUGAUAAAUUUUUAUUUUUUUAUUAGUCCAAGACAAUGAAUAUGAAAUAUAAAGAAAAAUGCGGAAGUCAAAAGUCAAGCAGAGAACUAUUCUGCUCAGAUCACCAAACGCGCCUUAGGCCGUGCAUUUUGGUUUUUGGAUUCCACUUUGGUGCGCUGUUCAAUGCCGUAUUUCGGGCAAAAAGCGUCAUCCACAUUUCCUCUGUGUUACAGAACAAGGAAAAUCUUUAUUACUUGGACUACUACUAAAUUACGAUGCAAACCAUGAGCGGCUGUUUUCCACGAGGCAACCAAUAGCUCCAACAAAUCCAGGGAGACCCCCUCUUCCCCCCUCUUCUCCUUGUCUUCUUCCUUUACUCUUUUUUGUAUCUUUUUACUUUCCUGGCCUUUUUUGGUUGAUUUUCCAAAGUAGAGUAGAUGGAUUGUUACAAAUUAACUUCUUUUGCUUUGUAAGUAUGCUCUGUAUAGAGUAACCUUCAGUUUUUUUUCUUCCGGGUUUCGGUUCUGUUACUGCAAAUAGCAAUGGCGGAGUGUAUCUAUUUCCUCAACAAGGUACUCCUUGACUCUCUGCUUUCUAUGCAUUUCUUUCUACUUUUCCUCUCAGUUUCAUGAAAAAGAAGUGGGUUUGUCCGGGAUGCCGGAAAAAUGCUGAAAUUUUGGGUAAUGGGUGUGUGUUAUUUCUGGCUUUGGAGUAUGAUAAUGGUCUGAGGAAAAUUUUUUUGCAUUUUGUUCUCUAAUUUCUCACUCAAAGUUGCAAUUUUUAAGUGGCUGUUUCACUUUUGUGAAUGAUUGAUGGGCGUGGAAGAUUAUGAGUUUCUCUGGGUCGGAAGGAGAAUGCUUUGGUUACCUCCCUGCAUGUUUGGAUCUGGGUUUUUCAUCUUUUUGUCAUUGGGUUUCAAACUUGUAUCUGCAAUUUGAGCUACUGUGUUUCCUUUUAUCUCCAAUUUUGAAACCACCAUUGCAUUUCUUUUUUCUUCAAUUUUUGUUCCUCUGGGUUUUGAGGAGAAUGCUCUAAUUUGUUUCUAUGUAGCUUUUCCCUUUAAUUUUUCUCUUUGUUAUUUCUUCAGACACCUUUCUUUUUUA